GAUCUAUACAGCGGCUUCAUAAAUAGCCAGCAUCCCCCUACUAUCGUUGCUUUCAUUUCUCUUCAAGUAACCUCUACAUUGUAUCUAAGCCUCCAAACCCCUACUCGCACCCGAAACCGCCAAACCUCACGAUGCUUGGCAAAAUCGCCCUUGAGGAAGCCUUUGCGCUGCCUCGCUUCGGAGAGAAGACGCGCUGGUGGGCAAGUCUAUUCUCCACCGACCCCGAGACCCACGUCAAGGAGAUCACAGAUAUCAACAAGCUGCGUGUUGAAUACGCCGACAAGCAUGGCGUCGGAUACCAGAUCCUCUCCUACACAGCCCCGGGUGUCCAAGACAUCUGGGAUCCCGUCGAAGCGCAAGCCCUCGCCGUCGAGAUCAACAACUACAUCGCAGAGCAAAUCCGCGAGAAGCCAGAUCGCUUUGGCGCAUUUGCAACCCUCUCCAUGCACAACCCCCAAGAAGCAGCAACCGAACUCCGCCGCUGCGUCCAAACCCUCGGCUUCAAAGGCGCCCUGGUGAACGACACCCAACGCGCCGGCCCCGACGGCGACGACAUGAUUUUCUACGACAACACAGACUGGGACAUCUUCUGGCAAACGUGCGCCGAGCUCGACGUACCCUUCUACCUACACCCGCGCAACCCUACCGGCACAAUCUACGAUAAGCUCUGGGCGGACCGGAAAUGGCUCGUCGGACCGCCUCUCAGCUUCGCACAGGGCGUCAGUCUCCACGUCUUGGGAAUGGUAACCAACGGCGUCUUUGAUCGCCAUCCCAACCUCCAGAUCAUCCUGGGCCAUCUCGGUGAACACGUCCCCUUUGACAUGUGGCGGAUUAACCAUUGGUUCGAGGAUCGGAAGAAGCUACUUGGACUGGCAGAGACAUGCAAGAAGACGAUACGGGAGUACUUUGCCCAGAAUAUCUGGAUCACAACGUCGGGACAUUUCUCUACCACGACGUUGAAUUUCUGUAUGGCGGAGGUUGGAGCAGAUCGGAUUCUGUUCUCGAUUGACUAUCCGUUCGAGACGUUCGCGGACGCAUGUGAUUGGUUUGAUGGGGCGGAAUUGAACUUGGUCGAUAAGGUAAAGAUUGGACGGGACAAUGCGAAGAGGUUGUUCAAGUUGGGGGAGUUUAAGGAUAGUAAUGCUUGAUACCUAUCUACCUGUCUGGUAGAGUUGUACGAAAUGAAAGUAGUCUACUGGUUGGUUCAAAUCAAAUAUAUGCCAUGGCAUUUGAUUAAAG